AUGAAGCAAUUCGGUCUCUUUGCCAUCUCUACUCUCCUUGCCUCUACUGCUGUCAAUGGCUAUGUGCUGCCUCGUCAAGAAACCAACAGCCACGACUCCUACAAUGGUGACUUUAUCAAUCCUAAACACCUAUCUGAUGGAAACCUUGAAGGGUACAAUGUUGGUGCUACCGGCAACUUUGUCCAAAUGUAUGAAAACAUGAGCUCGCAAUAUGGUUUCGACUGUUUGUGUCCUACUACACAUGUCCAAUCCACCGACGACAACCAAGCCGAACUAACCACUACUUGUACGGUGCGCAAUGAUACUGCGACUCUGGGCGAAGCCAAGGCUUCAGGCACUCUUGAGUUCUCCAGUGGCCAGAACGGAGGCGAUGAUGAUCAAUACACUGCCAACUACCACUUUGGUGAAGUAACGUUUAUCCCUCACGAUGACCCUAGCAAUGAAAUCACAAUGCCUAGCCCUGGUGGAAUGGAUCAAAGUGACUUUGAGAUGCACAGCCAGAUUUUGGAGUCGUCUACGGAUGACAGCAGCAAAGCUGUUCUUUUCUGGUGUACCUAUCAUGGUGAAACGUAUGGUGCCUUGUACUAUACACAAUCAUCGAUCGAUGACAAUCUUUACAACGAGUUCGUCGACCAGAUCACGGACCAGCAAACAAAGGAUAGUAUGGAAAAGGUCCCCGACUCCUGCAACGACGACGACGUCCACGCCUACGAAAACCAUCAAACAUAA